CUCUCCCCCGUCACACCGGUCACACCUCCCCCCCUCUGUUUCUCCCGUCUUUUCCUUCCAGUCUGGUUCUUCUGUUGUGCCGUUGGCUUUGGUGAGGGGCUGGGGGAGGGAUCUCGCGAUUGUUAGACUUUUUUUUUUUUUUUUUUUUUUAAUUUUUUAGGGGGUGGGGGGGAGUUAUUUGGAAGAUGGCGCCCGUUGUUACGGGGAAGUUCGGUGAGCGACCUCAGCCUCAGCGUUUGACAAGAGAGGCUAUGAGGAGUUACUUAAAGGAGAAAGAUGAUCAAACAGUGCUCAUACUACAUGCAAAAGUUGCACAGAAGUCAUAUGGCAAUGAAAAAAGGUUUUUCUGCCCUCCACCAUGUGUGUAUCUGAUGGGCAGCGGCUGGCAGAAGAAGUUAGAGAGUAUGGAGAAGGAGGGUUGCACAGAGCAGGAGGCCCAGCCAUGUGCAUUCAUUGGGAUAGGCAACAGUGAGCAGGAGAUGCAGCAACUCAAUCUAGAGGGAAAGCACUUCUGCACAGCCAAGACGCUGUAUAUCAGUGACUCAGAUAAAAGGAAACACUUUAUGCUGUCUGUGAAGAUGUUAUAUGGGAACAGUGCCAACAUCGGAGUCUUCCUCAGCAAGAGAAUCAAAGUCAUCUCCAAGCCUUCCAAAAAGAAACAGUCCUUGAAAAAUGCAGAUUUGUGUAUAGCGUCAGGAACAAAGGUGGCGUUAUUUAACCGUCUGCGAUCACAGACUGUUAGUACCAGGUAUCUGCAUGUGGAGGGUGGAAACUUUCAUGCCAGUUCCCAACAGUGGGGCGCCUUCCACAUCCACCUCUUGGACGAUGAAGAGUCUGAGGGAGAGGAGUUUGCUGUGAGAGAUGGCUACAUUCACUAUGGGCAGACAGUUAAAUUGGUCUGUUCUGUAACUGGCAUGGCCUUGCCUAGACUGAUCAUUCGCAAAGUGGACAAGCAGACUGCAUUAUUGGAUGCAGAUGACCCGGUGUCCCAGCUCCACAAAUGUGCCUUCUACCUGAAAGACACAGAAAGAAUGUAUCUCUGUCUCUCACAGGAGAGAAUCAUCCAGUUCCAGGCCACACCAUGCUCCAAAGAAACUAACAAAGAGAUUAUUAAUGAUGGGGCCUCCUGGACUAUCAUUAGCACUGACAAGGCAGAGUACACCUUUUAUGAGGGCAUGGGCCCCGUCCCCUCACCAGUCACACCUGUUCCUGUGGUGGAGAGUCUACAGUUAAAUGGUGGAGGAGACGUGGCAAUGCUGGAGCUGACAGGACAGAACUUCACCCCUAACCUCAGAGUUUGGUUCGGAGAUGUGGAGGCUGACACCAUGUACAGAUGUGGCGAGAGCGUCCUGUGUGUGGUGCCGGACAUUUCAGCCUUCAGGGAGGGCUGGCGCUGGGUGAGACAGCCGGUGCAGGUCCCCGUCACGCUGGUCCGCAAUGAUGGAAUCAUCUACGCCACCGCCCUCACUUUCACCUACACCCCUGAACCGGGGCCCCGACCCCACUGCAGCGCCGCGGGGGCCAUUCUACGGACACAUAAUACCUCUUCAUCAUCACCACCUUCUUCAUCUUCACCAUCGUCCUCAUUGAGCAGACUCGGGGAUGGCCACGGGGUUUACAACAGUAGUGAUUUGAUUUUAUUUGACUUGAUUUGAUUUUAUUAGGAUCCCCAUUAGCUGAUGCAGAAAACAUCAGCUAGUCUUCCUGGGAUCCACACAAAACACAUGACAAAGGAGAAACCAUCAACACACAUAAAACAAGUAACAAAAAUAAUAAAAAUAAGUCAAUAAAUAAAAUUAAAAUAAGUAAGCAAUGCAUACUAAGAUCUAAUGCAAACAGUCAUGAGGUGGUGCUUCACUUGUUUUUUGAAACUAGCUUUAUUUGGAGUUUUAGAAAUAUGACCUGAAAGGGAGUUCCAUUCAACCACGGCUCUAUACAGCACUGCACGUUCAUUCAAAUUUGUUUUCGUUUUUGGAUUUGUGUAGUUACCACUGGUGGCAUGUCUGGUGGCGUAUGUGUGUGCAUUAGAGCUAAGUGUGAGCUGCCCAUACAAACAGUCAGGGAUUUUUAACACAUUAAUGUUUUUUUGUUUUUUUUUUACAAAAGAAAGAAGUGAUGCUUCUAACCUCUCAUCAACUUUCAGCCAGAAAAGUCAGUCAUGCAUGUUGCUUAUAUUAGCAACGCACUGAAGGACAAGCCGAGCUGCUCUGUUCUAAAUACAUUGUAGCUUCCCUAGAUUCAUCUUUGUAGUACCUGACCAGACUACCAGGCAGUAAUCUAAGUACGAUAAUACUAAAGUCUGCAGGACCUGUUUGGUCAGAUGUGGUGUUAAAAAAGAAGAGUACAGAUAUGUUUGUUCCAUCUUUUGCACAAGUAAAUCUAUAUGUCUUGACCAUGAUAGUUUACAGUCUAAAGUUACAUGAACAAGAUUUUUUCCUGUACUUGCUCAACAGCAACAUUGUUCGGUACCAGAUUUAGCUGGCGUUUAGAGCUUAAUGAGUGUUCUGUUCCAAAUACAGUGCUCUUAGUCUUAGAUAUGUUCAGGACAAGUUUGUUAUCAGUGAUCCAGUUAAAUACUAUCUGCAACUUUUUUUGAGGGCUAAAGUGAUUUCCUGUUGGUGCAGAAAGUGUUGAAUCAUCUGCAUACAUAGACACAGGCUUUUUUACAAACAAGUGGGGAAUCACUUGUAAAAAUCGAGAAGAGCGGUGGAUUAAGUGAAGAGCCCUGCAGAACGCCACACUGUCUUGCAUUGGAGAAGCCUCUGUUAAAGAAAACCCACUGUGUUCUCUUAGUUAGGUAGCUUUCUAUCCAGGCUAAGACAAGUGGAGUAAAGCCAUAACACUUUCCCUAUAAGCUGGUAGUUGCUUGUCAAGUUCAUAGAAAUAGCAUUGUAUCUGGUUAAAUACAUUUUUUCCAGCAAAGAGAGAGCCAGUUGAGCCAAUAGAGGUAUACAGCAAUGCAGUGGCUCACAGUGUGGUGUUCGCAUUUCCUGCCUGACUUUAGAAACUUUGCCAACAAAAUGAUCGUUAAAAUAAUUGGCAAUAUCUACAGGUCUAGUUAUAAAAGACCCUUCCACUUCAAUGAACGAUGGAGUAGAAUUACUCUUUCUGUCCGUGAUCUCUUCAUGUCAUUAAUCCUGCUUUAAAAUACAAUUUCUUCCUCUUAUUGUUCAA